AUGUUGGAGAUCCAGCUGGACGAUGGCGGCGUCGGCGGCUACCCGGGGGAUGACUACUGCUCGGGCUCGGUGAUGUCGGAGCGCGUCUCGGGCCUGGCCAACAGCAUCUACCGCGAGUUCGAGCGCCUGAUCCGCUGCUACGACGAGGAGGUGGUGAAGGAGCUGAUGCCGCUGGUGGUAACGGUGCUGGAGAACCUCGACUCGGUGCUGACCGACAACCAGGAGCACGAGGUGGAGCUGGAGCUGCUGCGGGAAGACAACGAGCAGCUGCUCACCCAGUACGAGCGGGAGAAGGCGCUGCGCAAGCAGGCCGAGGAGAAAUUUAUUGAAUUUGAAGAUGCUCUGGAACAGGAAAAGAAAGAAUUGCAGGUUCAGGUGGAACAUCUGGAAUUUCAAACACGGCAGCUGGAGCUGAAGGCCAAGAACUAUGCAGACCAGAUUUCCCGGUUGGAGGAGCGUGAAUCCGAAAUGAAGAAAGAGUACAAUGCUCUACACCAGCGGCAUACAGAGAUGAUCCAAACCUAUGUGGAGCACAUUGAGAGGUCCAAAAUGCAGCAGGUCGCUGGAAAUAGCCAAAACGAGAGUGGUCUAUCUGGGAGAAGCAUGAAGAGGCGUCCAAAUUCUCUGAAUCCCCUCACAGAUGAUAUGGUACGUGGGCAGGUGGGGGCCAAGAUUGCCCCCGCAGUGGACCACUGGCACCUGAGUGACCUCAGUCAGCUGCAGUCCAACUCCGUCUACAAGUGUCCACCUGAUGAAAUGUCGGAGUCCGGACAGUCCUCUGCAGCCGCCACGCCCAGCACCACAGGAACAAAAUCUAACACUCCCACGUCCUCGUGCCCUCGGCUGCUGUGACCCCCUUGAAUGACAGCCUUCGAGUCGAUGAACGACUACGUCACCCUCCAAAAACAACAAACGGUCUCGGGAGAAACGAACAGCCGAAAUAUGGAAGUUCUGGUCCAGGAGACACGGAAUGUGAGCAUAGGAAUGGGAAGCAGUGACGAAGGGUCGGAUUUUCAAGAUAUUGACUCUACUCCAGAGUUGGACAUGUGGCCAGACCCCAGACUGGAACGCCCAGGGAACAGCCCAACACAAGGAAUAGUGAAUAAAGCUUUUGGCAUCAAUACUGAUUCCCUGUAUACCGAGCUUACUGAAGUGGGCUCAGAGGCCAUUGGAGAUGUGGAUGAAGGAGCAGAUCUACUAGGGGAAUUUUCAGUACGGGAUGAUUUCUUUGGAAUGGGCAAAGAAGUGGGGAAUCUCUUGAUGGAGAAUACGCAGCUGCUAGAGACCAAAAAUGCUUUGAAUAUUGUGAAGAAUGACUUAAUUGCAAAAGUGGACCAGCUUACCGGAGAACAGGAGGUGUUGAAAGGAGAGCUGGAAGCAGCGAAGCAGGCGAAAUCCAAGAUGGAAGCCCGCAUCAAGGAACUGGAGGAAGAGCUUAAAAAAGUGAAAUCGGAGGUGAUCGUUGCCCGCCGAGAACCCAAAGAAGAGGUGGAGGAUGUAAGCGGCUAUCUCUGUACAGAAUUGGACAACAUCCCCAUUGCUCAGAGAAGGCGCUUCACCCGGGUGGAGAUGGCUCGUGUCCUGAUGGAACGCAACCAGUACAAAGAAAGGUUGAUGGAACUGCAGGAGGCUGUCCGGUGGACGGAGAUGAUCAGAGCCUCCCGAGAACAUCCUUCCGUUCAGGAGAAGAAAAAAUCCACCAUUUGGCAAUUCUUCAGCCGAUUGUUCAGUUCCUCCUCCAGCCCUCCACCAGCAAAAAGGAGCUACCCAUCAGUCAACAUCCACUACAAAUCUCCCACAGCAGCUGGAUUAAGCCAGCGUCGCAGUCACACCCUGUGUCAAAUCUCUGCCGGGAACCGAACUCUUGAGUUUUUCCCAGAUGAUGACUGCACAUCAUCGGCACGUCGUGAGCAGAAGCGAGAGCAAUACCGUCAAGUCCGCGAACACGUCCGGAAUGAUGAUGGCCGCUUACAGGCCUGUGGGUGGAGCCUGCCAGCCAAAUACAAACAGUUGAGUCCCAACGGUGGCCAAGAAGAUAAUCGGAUGAAAAAUGUCCCUGUGCCUGUUUACUGUCGCCCCCUAGUGGAGAAGGAUCCUACCAUGAAGUUAUGGUGUGCAGCUGGUGUAAAUUUGACCGGCUGGAAGCCUGGAGUGGAACCGGAGGUUGCAAAUGGUCAAAAGCCUGAUCCGGGAUGUGACCCACUAACCUGUGAUCGAGAGACGGAAGGAGAGAAUACGAAGAGCAAUCACACCUCUCCAGAGAAGAAAAAGACCAAAGAACUACAUGAGAUGGAUGCCACAUCCAGUAGAGUCUGGAUCCUCACUAGCACCUUAUCUACUAGCAAAGUGGUUAUCAUCGAUGCCAACCAACCAGGAACGGUGGUGGAUCAUUUCACAGUUUGCAACGCCCACGUCCUGUGCAUCUCCAGCAUUCCAGCGGCCUGUGAUACGGAUUAUCCUCCUGGAGAAAUCUUUCUGGAAAGGGACUUGAAUCCUGAGGAAUCUUCGGGAACAGAUGGCGUCUUAGCAGGCAUCACUUUAGUUGGCUGCGCAACUCGUUGCAAUGUUCCUAGUAGCAAUUGCUCUUCCCGUGGAGACACCCCCGUGUUGGAUAAAGGACAAAAUGAAGUGACUGCAACCAGCAAUGGUAGGAUCGAUCCGUCCCAGUCCACUGAGGAGGCCACCGAAGCCACGGAGGUGCCAGAGAACGGUGUGAACGAAAUGGAGCCAGCCCCCGUCCGGACUGGCCCCCUUACAGAACAUGUGUUUACCGAUCCGACUCCAGCUCAGGCACCUGCAAGGCAGAGCAGUGAGAAUGGACAUCCAAAAACGGAAUCGAGCACGGCAGUGCCAGAUCAAGAGGCAAAUGGCAAUACAGUGGGUGCUACCACCAGUGCCGCCCCCACCAUGUGGCUUGGAGCACAGAACGGCUGGCUGUAUGUACACUCAGCAGUAUCAAACUGGAAGAAGUGCCUACAUUCCAUCAAGUUGAAGGAUUCAGUACUAAGUUUGGUGCAUGUGAAAGGGCGAGUUCUUGUGGCUCUGGCAGAUGGGACCCUUGCCAUAUUCCACCGGGGAGAAGAUGGCCAGUGGGACCUCAGCAACUACCAUCUCAUGGAUCUAGGCCACACCCAUCAUUCCAUCCGUUGCAUGGCUGUGGUGUACGAGAGGGUGUGGUGUGGCUACAAGAACAAAAUCCAUGUCAUCCAGCCAAAGACAAUGCAGAUCGAGAAGUCUUUCGAUGCCCAUCCUCGUCGGGAGAGCCAGAUCCGGCAGCUGGCCUGGAUUGGAGAUGGCGUUUGGGUUUCCAUCCGUCUGGACUCCACUCUACGGCUCUAUCAUGCCCACACUCAUCAACAUCUUCAGGAUGUGGAUAUCGAGCCCUACGUCAGCAAAAUGUUAGGGACUGGGAAAUUGGGUUUCUCCUUUGUGCGGAUCACAGCUUUACUCAUCGCUGGCAAUCGCCUGUGGGUCGGCACGGGCAACGGAGUGGUCAUUUCUAUCCCUUUGACCGAGACUGUAGUCCUUCACCGAGGUCAACUCCUUGGGCUCAGGGCCAACAAGACAUCGCCAACAUCCGGAGAGGGGAGCCGCCCUGGAGGUGUCAUCCAUGUCUAUGGUGGAGAUGACAGCAACGACAAGUCCACGAGUAGCUUUAUCCCCUAUUGUUCUAUGGCGCAAGCCCAACUCUGUUUCCAUGGACACCGUGAUGCGGUCAAGUUCUUUGUCUCCGUACCUGGGAAUGUCCUUGCCACAUUGAAUGGGAGUGUCCUGGAUAGUCCUUCAGAGAACCCCAGCACAGAUACCAUUGAGGAGGAAGGACAGAAGCUGAAAAAUGUCCUCGUGUUAAGUGGAGGUGAAGGAUACAUAGACUUCCGGAUUGGAGACGGAGAAGAUGACGAGACCGAAGAAAACACCGGCGACGUUGCCCAGGUGAAGCCAAUCCUCUCCAAGGCUGAACGAAGCCACAUCAUUGUCUGGCAGGUGUCCUACAUCCCGGAAUGAGCCUCUCUUCUUCCUGCUGCCAGUAUAAUUUUCUCCCUUCUACUGACACCCACUUCCCGAAUGCCAAUAUGUACAUACAGAACUUUUGCAUAAUUCCUAACCGCUGGCCUGUCCGAUCCCAGAUAACUACAACCAUUCCUGUGCCAUAUCAGUGGCUCCCUCUCUUUCCAGGUUGAUGGUCUUGAGUUGGUGGGACUUUUUAGACUGGCUGGGUUACUGUUGACUCUCCGGCAGGAGGGAAUUUUGGGAUGAAGUCUGUUGCAUCAGAAGUCAAGACACAAAGGAAGACCACACACCCUUGGCUCAGAAGGACUGGACCACUAUCCAAGGCAGCUCCCUCCUUCUCUUCCUUCCUUCCUUCCUUCCUUUCUUCCUACCUGCAUGGAGAAAAGUACCUAUGAACUGCUUAACUGGCUUAACUCCCUUUGCCACCAUGGAAACUGUGUCGACAGUUGGAUUGGUCUCCAAGCCA